UUUACCAUCUUCCACAUACAAACUACACAGUGUAUCCAUGACAAAAUCAAAAUAACCUAUUGCACGAAUUAACAAACAAAAAACAACAUAAAUUCGAUUGAUUAACGUCGUCCUUUUGUAUAAAUUUGGAUUAUCGGAAUUUUUUUUUAGAUGAAACAGACAUUCAUAUAUCCACGUAUUAAUCCUUAACAGAAUCACACGAUCCUCUUCCAAUGUUUGUACACACAUGACCAAUGGGCGGGAUCGAACUAUGCUUACCACUGAGCAGUAAGUAAAUAAAUAUUGUACAACCCGGGGCCCAUCAGCCUAACCCUAACCUUGACCCUGAUAGUUCAAUGGACAGUUCGCAAUUGCAGUGAAGUUUCAGAGAGCAGUGAUACGGAAUCGGAAAACCACAGUGUGGUGAUCCGGAAACUCAGAUCAAACUGUGAAAUUGACAGUAUCAAGGAAGAAAAACUGAUGGGUUCCCAGGUUGUGUCUAACUGUGCUGUUGACUGAGAGGUCAAAGAGAAUAUAUGUGGUUCCCAGGCUGUAUUUGACUGCGUGUUGACUGAAAGAUCAAAGAGAGAAUAUAUGUGGUUAUGACCCAGACCGCCCACAUCAUGGACACAGCAAGCUCCCAAUACACCACAGCAAGCUCCCUGUACAAAGUACAUCAAUGUUCUAAGUGUCCGGGGGACACAGCGUACCAUUGUGUAUCGUGUCCAUGUGAUCUGUGUCCCCAGUGUAAAGAGAACCAUGUAAAAGAUCUCCAAACAAUAGACCAUGAUGUUGUGUCACACCGUGAUAAAAUCAACUACAUCCCAACACAAGAGAUCUGUGUGAGACAUCCUAGCCAUGUUUAUACAAAGUACUGUGAACCUUGUCAAGUUCCUGCCUGUAAUAAUUGCCAAACACAUAGAAAACACAAGAAGAUAAAUGUUAAAACAGCCUAUAAAACAAAGCGACAACAACACAGAGGAACCAUUCACACCAUCAGAAGUGAGGCUCUCUUUUACAGACCUGUUCUCCUGACAGGAAUCAAAGCUGAUGUCAAAACCUGUCACACAGAAUUCUCCCCCCUUCAAUCAGAGAUGUUAACAAAGGCCCAGAGACUGAAGGAACUCAUUAACUAUGUGGUAUAUGAUCUAUUGAACAAUGUGUUAUGUUACUUUGAUUUCAAACACAGAUGUAAAAAACAGAAGAUAGAAAUGAUCAGACAUAUUGUCAGACUAAGGAGAUAUGAACACAGAUAUGUACAGCCAGCAUUCACAUUCAGUGCGCUACAAUUCCUCUCCUUCACAAAGACAGCCCUCCCCCAGAUACAUCUUACACUCCACACCAGCCAGCUCUCCAUGACUGAGUCACUCAACAAGGAGGAUGUGAUGGAGUCACUGAGUGCAAUCCAAAUCACAGAGAGAGGAAACCGACGCGUAGGAAACCAGUGUCUGCUGAAACUGACGUCUGGUGCUGAGCUCCAUCAAUCUCUCACACUGACAGGUGUUGAUCGUUGUUUACACAUUUCCUGUGUGACAUCAGACCGGGUCUGGGUCAGUGGUAUAAACAAUCUCAUGUUGACAGACACAACAGGUGUCCCUCUACAUCGUGUGGAGGAUUCAUGUAGUUAUAUACAUGGAUUACACACAGUGAACAGUGAGAGUGAACUGAUUUAUAUAGAUAGGAGACAUAACAUCAACAAACUGUCAAAGGAUAUGAAAACAACCACCACAUUUAUAGAGACAACAGACUUUACAUGGAGACCACAGUGUGUGUACUGGUCCCCGUCCACUGGGGAUCUACUGGUCGCGAUGUGUGACUAUGAUACAAAGACAGGCAAGGUAACAGGCAAGGUAACCCGGUACAACCAGAGUGGACAACUCACACAAACCAUACAGAACGACAACACAGGACGGCGACUGUAUAGUAUACCUAGCUAUAUAACAGAGAACAACAAUGGGGAUGUCGUGGUGUCUGAUGAUGAGUCUUAUGCUGUAGUGGUGACAGAGCGUGGAGGAAGACAUCGUUUCUCCUACACAGGACCUCCAUCAGGAUCACGACUAUAUUCUAUAGGAAUCUGUACUGACGCGCUGUCACACAUCCUGGUGUGUGAUGGUAGAACCAACACAGUACAGAUGAUAAAUAAGGACGGUCGGUUCCUGUCACAUCUACUGACAGAAUCACAAGAGAUGCGUUUACCAUUGAGCCUGAGUUAUGAUGUCAACACUCACCGUCUCUGGGUCGGAUCAUUGUACAACGACAAGGUGUAUGUCUACAGGUAUAUCACCAGACAGGACGCUCUGACAGAUGAACACAGACCCCGUCCUGAUGAGGACGCCAUGUCCAGCUCAACACCAGCCGUAUAAUGGAGAUAGCUGGGAUAUUGACAGACAAGCUGCUUUUUAAACGCCUUCAGGGGGAGACAGUAGAAAACCUUCCCGGAUUAUCCAUAAUUCCAAUGGAGUUACAGAAGCCAAAUAAUUACCGGUCAUCAACAGACUUUGUGUUCUGUGCGUGAACUCUACAUAAACAACGUUUCAUGAAUGGACUCUGUAUCUGUGUAGGUGAACAAAAAUAACGCGUCAUCAAUGGACACUGUUGCUGUGUGUGUGAACUCUGCACAAAACUAACGCGUCAUCAAUGGUCUCUGCGUUCUGUGUACAUGAAAUCUGCACAAAAAUAAUGUAUCUGUGUGCGUGAACUCUACAUAUAUAACGCGCCAUCGAUGGACUCUGUAUCCGUGUGCGUGAACUCUACAUAUAUAACGCGUCAUCGAUGGACUCUGUAUCCGUGUGCGUGAACUCUACAUAUAUAACGCGUCAUCGAUGGACUCUGUUUCUGUAUAGGUGAGCUCUGUGUGACUGUGUACCUAAACUCUUUAUGACUAAGGCAUCAUCAAUGGACUCUGUCUUUUGUGUACGUGAACUCUACUGUAAUUUGUUAUCAUACGUUUUUUGUCAAUUUUAUCUAAGUGUAAAUUUUGUCAGUAUAUAUUAAUAUGUUUUACAUAUCUAAGCUCCUGAAAUUUCUGGUAUCAUUCGGUGCUAGGACGGAGAUGUCCAUUACAAUUGUAGCCAAUGUGUCACAUAUUGUUUUUUUUGUAAUUUUGAUUUUUACACAAGAAAUCUUGUAUGUUUUAAUAAACAUUAUAUUCAAAGGGGAAUAACUCAAAAUGUGUAUUUUUCAGUCAGGAUGAAAAAACAGUUAUUCCCCUUAGAUAAUUUUCAUAAGAUGAAAUUUUACUUAAAAAUGAGAAAUGAAUUUGAUGGUGUUUAUCCGUGACAGUUUUAUUGGCAGGAUUGAUCAUUUGGAAAGAAGUGAUCUGAUAAGCUUUUGAUAAGAAUUUGAUAAGUUUUCGAUGGGUUUUUUUAUACAAUGUUAUGUAGUUUUAAUUUAAAUAUAUUAAUAGUUGAUGUUAGUUUUUAAUUCAUUAAGUUUGAGCUGUGCCUGUGUAACAAUUGGUGCAUCAUAUAUUGCUUGUUAUGCUCAGAAGGUAGGUCACAAUGACCCAAUUAGAAUCAUGGUAGUUUAUGGUGAAACUAUUUUAGAACAUAUCUAUUUAUUUGAAAAAAUAAACUAACUUGUGUUUUAGAAAUGAUGUACCAUUAAUUAUACCAGAAGUCAUAUACUCAUGUAUAUAUCAAUUUGAAAGUAGGUCAUGAUGACCUCAAUUUGUAUUUAGCAUGUUGUUAAUCCUAUGUGUUUGUUAAUGGUGUUUAAGCACAUUUCUCACACUCUGUAUCUCUGUUGACCAGAUAGAUCUAUAGGACAACUCAAGUUAAUGUCAUUUAUUUGGAGAAAUAUUGUACGCAAGUUUAAGCGAGAUGAUUUUUUUGGUGUUUACCCACACAAUAAACCUGAUGAAAUACAUUUAUAACGUAUAUAUAUAGUAUUAUGUUUAUUUUUAUUGUGUUUACUCUUACCAUGAAAAACAUAAUACUUGUAUACAAAUGAUGUUUGGGGAAAUGUAGCGAGCUGUAGAUAAAAGUCAAUAAACUUGAAGUAACAUGUC